CCGCCGGGGAGCGAAGCGGUUUGUUGCCCCCCGGGUUAAACAAGCGAAACGGCGAUUCUGAUUUUGUAAUUCACGCUUUUUACAUUUAAGAUCUAUUCUCUUGAAACGGGUCCCGCGAGGCGGAGCAGCCUGGGUGGGACGGGGGCUUUUUUGAAAAAAGGCGUUUCUGGGUCAGCUGCGGGUUUUACUCGGCUGACCAGGCAACAGCAACUUCGUUAGGGUCGCGUUUUUACACCCCCGCUUCAUUUACGCCAAGAGACUAUGACCGGGUGUAUUCUGCAGAGCAGGACGCGCAGUAAGAUUGUGCACGAUGUGAAUAGUCAAGAGGGGUUUGGUAUUUGGAGAUCUUGGUUAAGGAUCUGGUUGGAACAGAGCAAGAUCCGUGAUGCUGGAACUCGGUCGGGUCUUAGUGGCUCUGCUCGGUUUCCCCACCGGGGCUGCCGUUCCGCGUUCCUCAAAUCGAAGAGUAACCGAAAAACAGAGGCCUUCUGAAAUCAGUUUUAAUGAACCUGUACAUAAGAUUAAUUUUUGAUGAAGUUCUGAGAUCCCUGUUUUACAACACUUAACUCGCGUUCUGCCUUGUUUUCAGAGGAAGAAAGAAGAAUGUCACAAAAGCAGCUGAAAGAAGCUUUUGUCAGCAACUUAAAUGGAACCAGUUUGCUGGAAAUUUCCCUCUGCUUGUCUCUGCCCCCCCUCUGCCUGCUUUGCAGAGGCCUCCUCUUGAUUUUAUAUUACCUGCACUACGGGAAACCUUUAAGUUCAAGGAAAUACAGCCUGCUGCUAGACUUCCUUGUGCUAGUAUCUCCUCUCCUGUUCUCCUGCACGGUCUUGUCUCCAAUCAUCUUUUUCAUGCCAGCUCUCAUUGCAGCCGCCUGUGCCGGAAUAUUUUCUAAAAUCUACAGCCAAAGAAGACACAAGAGCAGAGUGCCUUUUAGGCAAAUUGUAAAAGACUUCCAGGAGACGUACUUGGACCCAGAAUACAUUCCAGCGAUAACUGUGUUUCGCGUUUAUGUCAAUGUGUUGACAUCAAUCAGCAUCUUAGCAGUGGAUUUCCCGCAGUAUCCGAGGCGAUAUGCCAAAACCGAGACCUAUGGAACGGGAGUUAUGGACAUGGGGGUCGGAGCUUUUAUUUUUGGUAAUGCUCUCGUUUGCCCUGAAGUUAGACAAAAGUCUUACGUGACACAACCAAAAUUUUCCAGUCUGGCCAGGCAGUUCUUUUCCGUUUGGCCGUUGGUUUUUCUUGGCGUUGGACGACUGCUUAGCGUUAAAUCUGUUGGCUACCAUGAACAUACUUCAGAGUACGGAGUGCACUGGAAUUUUUUCUUUACCUUAGCAUUGGUGAGGCUUGCAGCAUCUUUACUGUUAGCCAUAUUUCCAAAAAAUAGUUCUUGGAUUGUUGCUAUCAUUCUUGCUGUGCUUUAUCAGCUUAUUCUUAACACGACCUCUCUGAAGACGUUUAUCUUGCAGGGGAGCGAUGGCAGGGAUACGAGGGCUGGCUUUUUGAACGCCAACAGGGAAGGACUGCUCUCCCUCUGUGGCUACCUAGCCCUGUACAUGGCGAGCGUCCAGGUGGGGCUCUGUCUGCUGAAGUGCAGAAGCUCAGUCAAGGGCUGGAUGGAAGCGGCGCGUUUCUUGCUGCUGACGGUUCUCGUGCUCUUCCUGUUUCUUCACGUGUCGCAAGCAUACGCGGACCCCGUGUCCCGCCGGAUGGCUAACCUGUCCUACUGCAUAUGGAUGGUCGCUCACUGCCUGACUUUCUUUAUCGGGUUUUGAGAUUGUUCGCUGAAUACUCCUGCUGCUCCUAUAAACACUCGUGCAGAAGAGGAACGUCGUAUUUCCAGUUAGCGACCUGUGUCUGUACCCAACCGCUGGCAGAAUCAGGUAACAAUGUACAGAGCAGAAGCCAGAUGAAAAGUAAGAAAAAGUAAGUAAUUCUAGAGAGGGAGAGACUUAGCUGUGUCAAGAUUUACCUAGUUAAGGCCCUUGCUUAAAUAACAGAUAAGAAUAAUUCUUUAUAUAAAAUGCAGUGAAUUAGUGGAUACUUAAAAAUGUUUUGGCCCCUGUCCUGCAAAGUUUUAUGCAAAUGCUUGACUCUGAUGGGAGUAAUUGUAUGUGGAAUGUUAAUCGUAUACUGAAAUCUAAAUUAGCCUUUGAAUCAAAGCUAAAUUUCAUUUUCAUCCUCACUGACGAAUAUAAAGACCCUAGAUAAAGUGUGAUGCUCUGAAGGAUAAAACUCAACUGCAGAUGAAUUCAUAAAGCAGUUGUUGGAGUUUGCCGUGCAGGUAACAG